AUGGCCGCUCGUCGUUUCGUCUUAACGGCCUUUGUAUUGCUACUCGGCGCAGCGUUCGCAUUACACAUAUCUCUGGUUGCUGGGGCCGAAGCGGCAGAUCGCGGCAAUGUCGAGACAUGCACGGCAGCUUCCGACACGGCAGGAGCAGAGGCCAAAACAUGCGCCAAUGUCGCUGCCGCAGAAAGCGCCGAUUCCACCGCUUCUAACGCUUCCGCAGAUUCCGCUGAUUCUGCUGUCGAGGAUGGCGGGAACCCGUCGCUAACGCUGCGCCUCGACAUGGCAAGCGGCGGCGGCGGCGAUGAAGGCGAGCGGCGCGUGAUCCAGCUGUCGUCGUGGCGGCCGCGCGCGUAUCUGUUCAAACGGUUCCUGUCGGAGGAGGAGUGCGACCACAUCGUCGCACAGGCGACGCCUCGCUUGCAGCGAUCAUCGGUGGUGGACGGUGUGGAUGGGCACGUGUCGGUAUCGACGGUGCGCACGAGCAGCGGCAUGUUCAUGGAGAAGGGCGAGGAUGACGUCAUCGCGCGCAUCGAGCAGCGCAUCGCCGUCUGGACGUUCCUGCCGCUCGCCAACCAGGAGUCGCUGCAGGUGCUACGGUACGGCGUGGGGCAGAAGUACGACCCCCACCACGACUACUUUGACGACCCGCUGCACAAGCAGAGGGGAGGCCACCGCUACGCGACAGUGCUCAUGUACCUUAACAACGUCACCAAGGGAGGAGAAACGACCUUCCCAACGAGCAAGGACCCCACUCCCAAGGACGACUCGUGGUCCGACUGUGCUAAAGGCGUGCUGGGAGUGAAGCCCAUCAAGGGCGACGCUCUGCUCUUCUUCAACCUGCUGCCGGAUGGGACUCCGGAUGAGAGCAGUCUGCACCACGCGUGCCCCGUGUUGGAGGGGGAGAAGUGGUCGGCACCCAAAUGGAUCCAUGUGGGGAGUUUUGAUGAAGAGCCUGCUGCUGCCUCAGGCUGUGUGGACAGCAACGCCUUCUGUGAGGCGUGGGCGGAAACAGGCGAGUGCGAGCGCAACAAGGAGUACAUGAUUGGCACACCCGGAGCGCCAGGUGCUUGCAGGAAGGCCUGCAACGUGUGCACUGCUGACAGUGACGAUGCUGCUGGGGAUGCGGAUGAUGGUGGUGAUGGGGUUGGUGCUGAUGGUGCAGCGGCAGAGGAAGCAGGGGAAGCAGAGGCAGGAACGGCUGCUGCUUGA